AUGGUCAUUGAGUUGGCCCCCAACCCGCUGUUCCAGUCAAUCCUGAAGCGCACUGUGGGAGGUGGAGUGACUGUGUUCAGUCUUAUGAAGGCUGGUCAGGCGGACAAUGUGGAGUAUUUCCUCAACCAGAUGGGACAGGCAUAUGUACAAGGAAUGGAUAUGUGCCCACUGAAACUGUGCAGACCGGUGCAGUUCCCAGUCCCAAAAAGCACACCGCACGUCUCACCAAUUGUGGACAAAAUUUGGGAUCAUUCUGUCUCCUGGUUUGUGCCUAAUGGCGAGCUGGACAGACGUAAGAUGCGUGGAAAUGAGAGAGCAUUUGACCUUGACUUCACCAAGAGGGAGAACGAGUACAUCAAAGACCACAUCAUCAACGGAAGAACCAUGUGUGCGGCUGCUGGAUUCCUUGUCAUUGCCUGGAAGACGAUGGCCUCCUUGAGAUGGACAGUCUUCGAGGAGAUGAACGUGGUCAUCAAGGACGUGGUGUUCCUCCGACAGCGCUUCCUCGAGCCCUCAGAUAACGACGUGAGCUUCAAAUGCCGUGUUCAGACCAAUGGCAUCUUUGAGAUAAGCGAAAACGACGUCCCCUUGGUUCGCGGGUCAGUCUUCUUCCCUGACGAGGAGGAGGGAGGAGAAGGGGGAGAGCGACUGGUCAGCAUUGAUGUGCCAGAGCAGGAUCUGACUCGCCAGACUGUCCUCAGUGCCGAUGAGAUCCGGCGCUCCAUGCGAGUCCACGGCUGGGAGAACAAAGGGGAGUUCGAUGCCAUUCUCAGGGCCAACUGGGACUACACCCAGGCGGACAUUCUGUGGGACGGCAACUGGACGCCCCACAUCGAGAACAUUCUGCAGUGCAUCACUCAGAGCAAGGGACUCAACUCGUACAGUGACAUCGUCAGCAUCGGCAGAAUACAGAUCGAGCCCCUUGAGCACUGGGAAGCUUCUGCUACCACGGACGAGGGAGAAGUACAUCGUAUGAAGCACGACCAAGUGACAGACACCACAGUCACAGGAAACAUCGUCAUUCAAAAUGUCGAGGUCAAAGCCAAAGAGCUGCCCGUGGCCCACGAGCCUUUCCUGGCUGAAAAGUCGGAGUACGUCCGCUUCAAAGCAGAGCUCAAGCCGAGCGAGGAAGUUCAAGGCUACACAUCGGACUGUCUUGAAUACACAGUGGCGGGCCUGUCCAAACUGGUGGUGGAAGACCGCAAAUCUGGGAACCUGCCCAACCGGGAUGAUGUCGUAUCUGUUGUCAGCAAGAGGAAGUGCCAAGUUUCCAUUGAUGGCCAACUAAAGAAGUACGCCGAGAAACCAAACCACGGAAUGGCGAAAUUCCUGCAGAAGAUUUUCCAGCUUCACGUCACUGCAGAUUUCUCAAAACAAGUUUCUGAGCUGAAAGAAAACUUCCAAGAGGAACUUCAAGAUGAUGAUCUACUGUCUAUUUUGAGCUCUAAUAACAACCUUCACCCAGCUCUGCAAAUUGUUGUGGACAACACGAGAAUUCCCAACAAGGCAGCCAUGCUUGAAGUGGAUGGGACAAAGUCGAAAUUGUUUGAGAACAUCACAGAAAAAGUAAAGAGAUUCCCUCAGCUUGACGCCUCGUACACACUCUCAGACUCUGUUGAUGCGAAGGAUCUGGAAAAGUCGCACAACUUGCGCUAUCUCAACUGGAGUUUGAGUAGCCCUGUCGAAGAGGACCCAGAAGACAAGUUCGAUCUGGUUAUCCUGAAGAAUGUCCUCCACAGACAAGCAGAUCUCGCUAAAGCUUGGGAACGCGUAGCUGCAAUGCUAGAGGUUGGAGGAUUUGUACUUGUUCAAGAAAUCACUCAAAACUUCCCCAUUGGAGCAACAUUCGAGCUUCUUGGAGGUAACUAUCCAGUUUGCAAAGACCGCCGGGACAACGGACGCUUCCUGACAGAAUCCAGCUGGCUUUCCUUCUUCAAAUCCAUGGGAUUCGAGUCUGUAUACCAGAGGUCUGAUGGAGCUCUUUCAACUCUGUUCCUUCUGAGAAAACCCAAAACAGAUCCAGGUCUGACCUUGUUCGUGAAUACAACAAACCCAAAUACGUCAUGGCUUUCAGAGGUUCAGUCCAAAUACAAGCAGGUGGUAGAGUCAAAGGACGAGAAUGCUAGAUUGUGGAUCUACGCUGACACUUUCAUUACAGGCGCCCCAGGAUUUUUGAGAUCUCUCAGACAAGAGAGCUCUUCUCAGCCUUCACGUGUGAGGUGCAUUGUCAAGGGGAAUGUGGAUCCUACCAGCAAACUCGUCAAGAUCACUCCAGGUUCCGAGGAGUUCAAAGCACUGUCAAGGUUGGAUCUUUGCGUCAGCGAGUACAGAGACGGACAUUGGGGAUUUGUGGCUGCAACGCCAAUACCUACUGACCCCAAAUCUCAGGCAGUGCCCAGUGGGCGUGCCUACCUGCACGUUGACAACCCAGGAGAGAAUGCCUCCUUCCAUUACCUACAGCUUCAAGCCACUCCCAAGUCUGACAACUGGGCAGCUGUUUACUACGCCGCUGUCAAUGACGUGGACGUUGCCAUGGCAACAGGGCAGACAGGUGCCGGAGGUAUGGCUUCCGAGAACUUCCGAGGUCAAUCAGGUCUCGGGGUGGAGUUUGUUGGACGUGACAAAAAUGGACGACGAUUGAUGGGAUGCGGUAAACAGAGGAUGAUCGCCACGGAGGUUGAUCUGAGGGAGACAGUUCACGUGCCCAUCCCAGACAAAAUGAGUAUGCGCGAGGCCGCAGCUGUCUUUGUAUCUUACGGUACUGCCCUCUAUGCUCUUGUGGUCAAGGCCAAAGUUCACAGAGGUCAAUCGGUGCUCAUCCAUAAUGGAACUGGGAGUAUCGGCCAGGAGUUGAUGUGGUGCUCAGCGCCUUGCCAGGAGACGGACGUUUGGCCAGUCUGA